AAAAUUUAUUAGUUCAGAAAAUAUUACAAAUUGUUUAGUAGUUAAACGAGGCAAAUGUGUUUUCCUAACAAAUAAAAAAGUAAAAGGUUGGCAAUCUUUGAUCCUAUCUGAGUCAAAUGAAUUAGAGAAGAGACGGUCUUUUAUAAUAUAAGAGAAAAUUGUCCAAAACAUAUGAAAUGACAAUUUUAUCCUUAUAUUUAAAAGCGACCGGAUCCACACGAUUUUGGUCCAUUUCAUUAAGAGUUUGUGCAAUAUUUUAGAUAUUCUUUGGGGUGCAGUAAUUCUAAUCUUGAUCAUAUCAUCAGUCAUCUUAUUUUCACCACCUCUCCAUCUACCUUCGCCUCCAUGAAAACCUCAAUCAAUUUUUAUUAUUAAUAUUCAAACAAAAUAAAAAUAUGAAAAAGCUCAUAGUAUUUAGCAUUACUUCGAAAGAGAACCUCGUCCCCACGUGUGAUUAAAAACAUCACCCAAAUCCCGCCAAUCUCGAACCUAAAGAAAACCCAAAAUACUUUCCCAUUCUCUCAAGUCUCAAAAGUCACCGGUGGAGAUGAACACCAUGAUCCACUGGUAAAAAUAAUAUUCAGGGUUUUACGAUUUCUGGGGUUUUGGGUUUUUUUUUUUUUUUUUUUUUGGAAAUUUCGAUUCUGUGGCGAUGGAUUUGGACGAUCUCAAUAAGGUCUGGGAAAUCAAAGCCCUGAAAAAGCCUGGAGAAGACGAAGCGAGGAAGAUUCUAGAGAGGAUAGCGAAGCAGGUCCAGCCCAUUAUGCGUAAACACAAAUGGAGGGUCAAACUUCUCUCCGAAUUCUGUCCGAAGAAUCCGUCUCUUCUGGGGUUGAAUGUGGGAGGUGGGGUGAAUGUGAAGCUGAGGCUUCGGAGGCCAAACAGGGAUUGGGAUUUCUUCCCUUUUGAUCAAGUUCUUGAUACAAUGCUGCAUGAGCUUUGCCACAACGCCCAUGGCCCUCACAAUGCCAGCUUCUACAUGCUUUGGGAUGAACUUAGAAAGGAAUGUGAGGAGCUGAUGGCCAAGGGAAUAACAGGCACAGGACAGGGGUUUGAUCUUCCUGGGAGGCGCUUGGGUGGUUUCUCCCGUCAACCUCCUCUUUCAUCUCUCCGCCAAACUGCACUAGCGGCUGCAGAAAAGAGAACGCGUUUGGGAUCUCUUCUCCCAUCUGGACCCAAACGUCUUGGUGGUGAUAGCACUAUUAUGGCUGCACUUAGUCCAAUACAAGCUGCUGCAAUGGCUGCGGAAAGAAGAUUACAGGAUGAUAUCUGGUGUGGUUCUCAGUCUUGGGAAGCUUCUGCGGACGAAGAAAGUAGCUCUGAUAUCUUACAGGACCUUCUAUAUAAGGAGCAAAGUGGAGGAAGCUCAAGAGUAGAUGGUGGUUCAAGUGCAAAUGCUGUGGAUGCAGUAUCUCGAAAAAGAAAUCAGGAAUUAGAUCAAAGCUUGUUUCGUCAAUCUUCCAAUGAUCAUCUGGAAUCCAAUUUUGUUGAUUUAUCCAUGGAUGCUUCAAGCUCUGGCUCCAUGCUUGAUCAUGACAUUAGAUCUCAAAAGAGAAGUUGCAAAUCAGAUAAUACCUCAUUUCCUCAGUCUACUUGUCAGCGAGAAUCUGUUGUGGAUUUGUCCAGCCCAUCUUCUGAGCCGGUCCUCAGUCGUAAUACAAUGUGUGAUAGAACAUUGAAUCCAGAGGAACCUGCUAUGUGGGAAUGUAGAACAUGCACUUUAUUGAAUUCGCCCAACUUUGGUAGAAGAAAGGGUUUCACUUAUAAAUUAUAAUACUUAGAGAAAGUUUAGUAGGAAAUGGAUAUAUCACUUAAUUUCAGGUUGAUAGUAAUUAACAAACCCUUUGAUAAGUGCAGGUUUUUCGUUUACAUUGUUGUGACCUAUGCAUAAAAACAAGAAUCUCAAUAGAUGUGUGUUAAAGAGAGUUUAUACUACAGAUAUUGUAUUAUACUUCAGAGAGGAAACUUCUUAUGGUUUUGACAACCAAUUGAAAAGUCUGGGUUCAUGAUGUCUGUGGACUGUAGUUAGUUGUAGAACUUUUUCUUUUGUUUUUGUUUUUCUUUCCUGGGAGUUACUUGCAGAACCGAAAGAUCCUUUGUAUUGUCAAACCUAUUAACAUUUUGUUGUAAAUUUUAUGCAAAUGGAAAGCAAUCUAGAGAUUGUGAGAAGAUAGGGCAAGUGAUUGGUGAGAAAUUAGAUGAUUAAGUCUCACUUGAGUUUGUAUUUUUUUUUUCUGGUUCUUAAGCUCCAUUUCGUCUUCUUCUACGGUUUAAUUACAUUAUUUAGUAAAGUAUUUAAGCAGCAAAAAGAUUUUUAACCCGCACUGGCUUUCUACCAUAACAC